AUGUUGGCCAAGUUAUUCUGGCUUAUCUCCCUGCCAGUAGCAGCAGAGGAGCCAUGCAGUGUGAGAGUGGCCCACUGCAUUGUUGGUCACGUGAGGACAUUUUGGCAGGAAGCGGUUUACCAAUCGAUUGCUGACGUACUGGUCCCCCAAGCUUCACCGCGACAUUGUGCAGAUUUCUUCUACGUGCUGAGUAUGUCCUCUGGUUUGGAUACCGCCAAAGGAGGUGUCUAUGAGUACAAUGAGACCUUGCUUUGGAACACAGCAUGGAGACGGCUGCCACCCACCAAAUAUCUGCUGGAUCCGCCAAAACCUUCAGGUCCCAGACAUUUGUCCUAUCAUCAGCCGGACUGUUUGUUCCAAUGCGUUCAGAUGUUCGACAAGGUUCGACUCUGUUUGGACUUGGUGAAAGAGCAUGAGACGGAAACUGGACAAAGAUAUGACUGGAUUCUGCGAAGCAGACCUGAUCUUAGAUGGGACGUUGAAUCGCAACUUCCACCAUUGCACCAGCUAUCAAGCCAGCGCAUAUAUUUUCCAAUCACAAAGGAAAAUGUGCAAGAUUCCAUAUGCAAAGAUCCAGUGCAGAUCGUCCCGCGAAGUCUUGCGGAAGUUUUCUACGAGAGAAUACUGGACAAGUGCCUGCUGCGGCGAGAUAUAUACGGAGAAGUUUGGAACUGUGAUCGUUGGAUAGAGCGCUUUUGUGAGUCUGAAGGCAUUCCAAUUUCUCUUCUCAAGUUGAGUGCCACCAUUCAGCGCCUACCCAACAUCAAAGACGGCUUCUUUGAUUACCACGAUCAGUGGUUUCAGCACAUCAAGUUUGCACAGCAGCUGUUUCCAGAUUCAAUUUACCUUCUCGGGAACGAAGAUCAGGUAAUCAAAACAGAAAGCGGAAGGAAAUGGUCGAAUGAUACCGAAGCCAUUCCAGCAGGCCUUGAACCGGAAGAGGGAUGCAAAACUCUGGCAGACAGUCAAUUCUGCAUGCCUUGCAAUGCGUACUUGAUGCAUUUGCGAUUUGCUAUUAACAAAUCCGCCUUGCGCAAGAUGGAAGACAUCAACUUUGGUAUUUGGCGCACCUAUCCUCGGAAUAUCAGAGACCUCGGGGGACGAAACUCCAGAUUUCUUCGAAACGCAAGCCAGUUCUGGUUUAAAGUUUGGUUUCCAGAGGUCAAAGCGGAACAUGCUCAGAAGGAAAGCCAAGAGAGCGCAGACACAAACAGCGCGGAGGUACCGUUUUACUACAACCUUUGGACUCCAGUUCUUUUGCGAAGAGGCAAGGCGGCAAGACGUCUGAACUUCCCAGCCUCAUGA